AUGUUAUUACCAAAUACCAAUCCAAAGGAUAAAAGUCCCUCAACAGCACCACCUGACAAUCAAAAAAAACAUCAAUUAAAUGUUUAUGAAAAAAAUACCGACCAGUCAAAGGUGAAAAAGACCAAAGUUUCUACGGCUAGCUCUAGCGAGUCUGCUGCUUCAAGCAACUCUUCUGUUCGUUUGACCGUGAAACUUGAUAAUAACGCGUUCAGAAUUAACAUCACUGGAAAUUCUUUUUCAUCUUUGAUUGAAAAAGUUGUUUCAGUAUUUGGACUGAAGGAGGAUGGCCAUCCUUUACCAACUCUCACCUACGUUGACAUGGACACUCGUUAUCACAUUACGAAUGAUGACGAUGUCCAGGAUUUCCUUUCAUUUUUAAACCGCCACGAAGUUUUAGAAAAGGACAAGUUCAUUAAUGUGACAACAACAGCAAGUCCUUCUGUAUGCCUGAUUCCAAUGCACUCGUAUCAAUUGGAGUUCAUGAUGGCAAUGCAGAACUUACUCGAAAAUAUAGAAGGAUCCUCUUCAAUAAUUGUGCAUGGCUUUGGAUCAGAUUUUAAGUUUAUUGGAAGAACAGACGUCAUUUCCACAUUUACCAAUUGCUAUGAGGAAUACAUGGACUCUAUUUCCAAGGAUGGAAGGGUUGCUAGAGACAAUAUUGUGCUUCCUUAUAUAGCAGCAGCACCAGGCAUUGGAAAAUCAAGAAUUUUGAAGGAAAUUGGCCUUUUCAUGUACAAGAACAAACAUCUUUUCCCACUUUUUAUUUCAUUUGGAAAUGGAACGAAAAUGGAUGUUUCAAUAGAGACAAACCCCCUUAAUGGUCUUUGUUUAAGAAUAGUCUAUUCAUUAGUAUGCUCAAUUGCAGGUAUAAAGGGGAAUGAUGGAUUCUUUGCUACUUUAUGGCAAAAGUGGAAUAGUGAAUUUAAGGAAAGAAAAGUUUUCAGUCUUGCUACAAUAUUAUCAGCCUGUAAGAAGGUAAUUUCUCCAGACAAACCGAUCGAUUUCUUUAUUGGGAUGGAUGAAGUCCAAAUCAUUCAUUCUCACACUAAGCAAUCAUCGUCACUUGGCACGAUUGUGUCGGCUAUAGGUCAAUAUAUGUUGCAACCUCUUUGUGGAAUUGUAUACUCUCUGUUGGUAGGAACCGAUCAUACGGGUCUAUCACAAAGCUUUUUAGGAAGCGGAUAUGCAGCAAAAUAUAUUCCAACUCAAGCCAUGUUACCAACAACAGACUUGCAUGAAAUUAUGGAUGGUUUAGUAGAAAAAUAUAACAUGUUACAAGGAUGGAGGAAAAAUACUAAAUUGAAACAUUAUUUACGAACCUUUGGAGGUUAUGCUAGAGGAGUUGAAUUCUAUUUAGAGCAAUUAUUUACAAUGAAGAAUUUGAGUCCUCUCGACGCAUGGAAUGUUGCAAAAACAAAAAUACUAGAGACAUGUCAUGUUGCAACAAGGCUACGAUCUGAAACCAAAAUUAAGAUCAUGCAGCGUGUAAUUACAAGAAAGAUGAUUGAAAAACUCGACCAAGUAGUAGAUGAUGAUGAUUUAACUUGGUCUGACUUGGAAAACCGAGGAUUGGUAAUGUUGGAACAAGUAAAGGCCUUUGAUGAGAACCACAAUUCUUGUCAGGAAGAGAAAUUGAAGCAAUAUUUGGUGGUCUAUCCUCCAAUACUUUUACCAGCGUUGAUUCAAUCUAACAAUGAAAUUAGAGAAACAUACGACAGGUUAUUUGGCGCGGAUCCUUCUCCAUUAUAUGGGCUGAAUUGGGAGAAGGUUGUUUUUGACUAUUAUUAUUUGAUUCUAACAAUAUUGCAAAAACAUGAAUCAUUGAACUUAACAGAAUUGUUUCCUUUUGCCAAAAUGAACAAAAAGACGGCCAAAUUGGAAAUACAACAAAUGAAUAGUCAAUGUUAUCCAUGCACUCACGACUCAAGAUUACAGGGCGACCUGUCAGAAAGAACAUUUUUUAAUCUACAAAUUGUUGACUCGGCCACCUCUUUGACUUUUAACACCUCCAAGAACACUGACAAACUAUGUAUGAUCAAGAAUGCCACAGAUGCUUCGGCUGGUGAUAUUCUUAUAUGGGGAAUGAAAGAUGCCAUUAAUCAAGAUGAUUGUGUAUUUCAUUUGCAAUGUAAAUGGGCCGAUUCAAAGACCACAACGAUAGAUUUCUCUGCAAUUCAAAACCAAAUAUCAAAAAACAACGAAUUUAAAUUACUUUCUGGAACAAGAAAUGUUACCGUUAUUUUGACAGGAAAAGCAAUAACAAAUUUACCAAAAGAAGAUGAUUUACCAAAUCAUUUGAUCAUUGUAUGCAAAGAUAAUUUUGCUAAACACUUUGGUGUUCUUUCUGACCACAUGAAAUAUUUAUAUUCCAAUUUCCUGUAUAUCAAUGAGUGCAGCAGGGAGGGGUUCGAGAAUGUUAAUAUGGAUAAAACAGACGCUUCAAAGAUUAUAAAGAUAAGAACUGCUGAUAAUUUUGGGUUUAAGAAUAUGGAAGAUUUGAAGACAAAGAUAGGAGGAGAGUUAUUUGCUAAACUUGAGGGUAAAGAAAUCAUUUUUUGA